CUGCCUGCCUGCCUCCGUGUGUGUGUGAGCGUGUGUGCGUGCGUCUACUUUGUACUGUGAAGAACACAGCCCAUGUGCUCUGCAUGGACGUUCCUGAUACUCUGUUAAGCUUGAUUUUCGACAAGCAGGCAAGAUGUCCAGCACACCACAUGACCCCUUCUAUUCUUCUCCUUUCGGCCCAUUUUAUAGGAGACAUACACCAUACAUGGUCCAGCCAGAGUACCGAAUCUACGAGAUGAACAAGAGACUGCAGUCUCGCACAGAGGACAGCGACAACCUCUGGUGGGAUGCCUUUGCCACGGAAUUUUUCGAAGAUGAUGCCACAUUAACUCUUUCAUUUUGUUUGGAAGAUGGACCAAAGCGAUACACUAUCGGCAGGACACUCAUCCCCCGUUAUUUUAGCACCGUGUUCGAAGGAGGGGUGACCGAUCUGUAUUACAUCCUCAAACACUCAAAGGAGUCUUACCACAACUCAUCCAUCACGGUAGACUGCGACCAGUGUGCCAUGGUCACACAGCACGGGAAGCCCAUGUUCACCAAGGUAUGCACAGAAGGCAGGCUGAUCUUGGAGUUCACGUUUGAUGACCUCAUGAGAAUAAAAACGUGGCACUUUACCAUCAGACAGUACAGGGAGCUGGUCCCCAGAAGCAUACUAGCCAUGCACGCACAAGAUCCUCAGGUCCUGGAUCAGCUGUCCAAAAAUAUUACCAGGAUGGGUCUAACAAACUUCACCCUCAACUACCUCAGGUUGUGUGUAAUACUGGAGCCAAUGCAGGAACUGAUGUCGAGACACAAAACCUACAACCUCAGUCCCAGAGACUGCCUGAAGACCUGCCUGUUUCAGAAGUGGCAGCGGAUGGUGGCACCACCAGCAGAACCCACAAGGCAACCGACAACCAAAAGGAGAAAAAGAAAAAACUCCACCAGCAGCACCUCGAACAGCAGCGCCGGGAAUACCACCAACACUGCGGGCAGCAAGAAGAAGGCCCCGGCUGCGAGCCUGAGCCUGUCCAGUCAGGUACCUGAUGUGAUGGUGGUAGGAGAGCCAACUCUGAUGGGAGGUGAGUUUGGGGACGAGGACGAAAGGCUAAUCACUAGAUUAGAAAACACGCAGUAUGAUGCGGCCAACGGCAUGGACGACGAGGAAGACUUCAACAAUUCACCUGCCCUGGGGAACAACAGCCCGUGGAACAGUAAACCUCCCGCCACUCAAGAGACCAAAUCAGAAAAUCCCCCACCCCAGGCUUCCCAAUAAGAUGGGCCUGCCCGGCACCUGAUUCCACUGUCCCAUAGGCCCAGUGGGGUAGAAUUCCAGUCGCAAAUCUCUAUCAGGAGAGGAAAGAGGUGAAAUUUAAACCCACACAAACAAAACGUUUCCAUGCAAAAACCUAUUUCUAAACAUAACGACCUGGUUUUCUUUCUUGCGAUUUUUUUUUCCAUUUUUUUAAUUGAGAGGAUUGCUCAAAUGAGCCUCCGUGGCCUCUCCUUGGAGGCCUUCACACGAAGUACAGACACUGUCCCUGGCGGUAAUUGGCAGCAGCAGAGGCUAUGGCACCUCCUGGCACGGUCUUCCCUCCCUCUUUGUGUUCAACUUCCUGUUCAUGCACCUACCGAAGGCCAUGCUGUCCGAACGUGCUCAGGAUCACAGUCACAUGCUGACCCCCAACUAGAGAUGACUUUUUAAUAUUGUAAAAUAUUUUCUGCUUUUUGACUUGCAUUUGAGAGUUUCUUGUUUCAGUAAAAAAGAAAAGAAAAUCUGUUUUGGGAAAGUAAUUUAAAUGUAUUUUCCCCCCUUCACUUUCCAUUGGUUUUCUGCAUAGCAAGAGCCCAAGAAGACACAGCUAGGUGAGUUUCUGGCAAGCCGAGCCUAAUUGGUUCUUGAGUCUGAGUUGUUUCAGUUUAGGCCAAGUACUGAAACAAGGAAUCCUCAAAGAUAUAUGGGUAGAUUUUACUAUGUACACAGAGAUAAACGGACCCUGGGAAGUGUAUGCAUUUGUGAACUCGCUGUGGGUCCAAAUAUUUUCAAGCCAUGUAAUUCAUUAAUUUUGUGGAAGGCUUAAUAAAUCUGAAACUUUUUGUAUUUCUUCUUUUUUUUAAUUGUAACUGAGUUGACUGAGUUGGUGGUUGGUUUUUUUUUUUUUUCAUGCUAUAGUUCUUGUAUAAUAUUUUGUAAAUCCUUCACCUGGUUCUCUCAUGGGAACUUUUCUUUUGGGGCAAGUUCAGUGUAUUUAUGUGAAGCUUUAUAAGAGAACUAAUUUUUCCAUUUGCAUAUUAAUAUGUUCCUCUAUACAUGUAAAGACACAGUGGCUCCGUGUGUCAUAAAACAGCUGUAUUUUAUGUAUGCUUUACUGGUAAGUGUGCCAAUAAUAAACCGUGUUAAUG